ACUUGCCGGGGCUUCUUUGUCCACUUACAUCUCAGUCCGAUCUCAAUUCUCGACCAUGACUGGUCGUAACAAACAAGUUGCUCUAGCAUUACCUUCUUCUGCUCCUUCUAUGAACCCCAAAAUUCCUGGCUUUCUUCAGAAACUUUAUACGUUCGUAGUCAUUCUACAUCGCGAUCUGGUCGUUCAUUAGCUGUAUGUAGACUUGUAAGCGAUCCGGAGACCGACGAUGUGAUUUGCUGGUCAGAAUCUGGAGACUCUUUCUUUGGUAUGCCCCAUUUGCUGUUACCGUUUACUGAGUUCAUUUAAUAUUCUCGCAGUUCUUGAUCCAACUCGUCUCGCCACAGAACGUCUCGGAGCCUUCUUCAAGCACAACAAAUUCGCAUCGUUCGUACGGCAAUUGAACAUGUACGGGUUUCACAAAAUUCCGCAUCUGCAGCAGGGAGCAUUGAGAAGCAGUUCAGAAGCAGAAUAUUCCCAGUUUGCCCAUCCGGACUUCCAUCGGGGUCAGGAAGAUCGUCUGAUUCUCAUCGAACGAAAGAAGCAAACAACGAUGCACCCAAAGGAACAGGGUGUGGUUGAUUUCCCUAGUGUGGCACCUCAGGCAGUCCCCCAGCCCCAGACUACUGAUCACUCGACGGAUCAGGCAUUGGAUAUUCAUGCUAUUAUCAAUGGUAUUGCUGCUAUUCGACGGCACCAGGUCAAUUUAUCCUCAGAGCUGAAUGAACUAAAGAGCUCCAAUCAACUGCUUUGGCAAGAGUCCAUGGAAGCUCGCAGUCGACAUCAGAAGCAGCAAGACACACUGAAUAGCAUCAUCAAGUUUCUCGCUGGUGUUUUUGGCCACCAGGCCGCAAAUUCCGGUGCUAAAGAGAAGGAGCGAGGAGGACCUUCUUCUCACUCAGUUGUACGAGGUUCGCGGCUGAUGAUAGAGGACAAGAAGAGAGAUCUUGCUACCAGAGUUGGAAUUGUUGAGGUUCAGGAUGAAGAAGCUGGUAGCCCCGCUUCGCGGGCUGAAUCUCCUGGUCCUUCCUUCUCAAUUGAAACUGCAGGUUCUACCUCACAUAUGACGUCCCCGUAUCCUUCACCCGCGACUGAGAUUUCUUCAUUAUCCGCCGCCGCUACUCCCCGCUUCGAUCUAACAUAUCCUCCUUCAGAGGAUCAGUCGACACCCCUCGCUAAUUCAUCCACUCCAUCCACGUCAUCCCAGACUGGCAAUAACACUGUGAUUUCCACACAACCCAAGUACCCCGGCACAAGCAUCAUACAGCAAGAUGAAAAUAUGCCCACCUUCUCACCAUCCCGAUCCCCAGCCCUCGACGACCGAAUACAAACCGCUCUUAGUUACCUCACUCCGGCAGACCUCCAACAACUUUUCACUGCCCUAAAUAACCAGCCGGGGAUCAUUAAUGAUUCAUUGAACAUUGACUCGCUUCAGCAAGGGACACAGCAUCAAAACCAGCUUCCCAUAUCCCCACCUCCUUCUCAAUCACUGUCCACUUUCAACUUUGGCUCAUUAUCACCUCAGUUGCCUUCGCAGUCAGCACCUGGUCUGACUGAUACCAAUGGUCUGAUAUCUUUUACCGAUGUGCCAUAUUUGGAACAAUGGAAGCAAGCAUCGGACAUCGAACAAGAAGUGGAACACAUAAAUUCGGGGAUCGAUUUACUGAUACACGAUCUCGGAAUUGACCCCGUGGUUGUAGCUGAUGCUGAAACGAAUCAGGCCAAAGGAAGAGAGCUCGAUACAUCCAUCCUGGAUACAUCUUCUCUCCCUUCUCUGCCUGACUCGGUGUCCAAUGAUGAGCUGUUUGACUCUUUCUUGAAUACCUUUCCAUCACCGGCCCUCGACAACAACUUGACCGGGACGGGAGGUGCGACGAUGGAGAUGAGCUUUCCUGUGGUACCGCCGGGGAGUCCUUCUGCAACGGCGACGACUUCCCUACAAACGGUGCCUCCUGCAGAGCGUGUCAAAGUUAGUGACGGGCCAGGCGCUAAUACACGGGCACAAAAACGGAAAUCGGAUGUUAGCGGAGAGGUGAUGACAAAAAUGCCAUCGAAUCCCAAAACCAAAAAGCGCAAAGACAAAUAGGUCAUUUUGCUCUAUCUAUCACAGUUUUCUGAUUUUUCUUCAGUGGCUCGACGUUCUUGCUACUACCGUAUUAUUUCCCUGAAGGCUUGCUGUACAUAAUAGCAUCAUGUAGCAUUUUACUGUGUUGCGACUGCACCGUUUUUUCAUGUCGAUAUAUCAAACACGUCCACCUCAGUCCAAAGUCAAUCCAAAUAUAGCAGUCAAAUAUAGAUUU